GACCGCUCUGCACAUGGCAGCCGUGAAUGGUUACCACAACAUUGCAAAAGCUUUGUUGGAAGCUGGUGCCACUGUGAACGCACGUGCCGAUCAGCAAUGGACUCCAGUACAUUUGGCUGCCAUGAAUGGCCACCCUGAAACUGUAUCAAUUUUAUACUUAGCUGGUGCAGAUGUGAACUCACGAGACGAAGAGGAAAGGAUUCCUUUGCACAUGGCAGCUCAGAAUGGCUACCAGGAAACUGUGUCAGUGUUGCUGAAGGCUGGUUCAAAUGUGAACAUAAAGAACAAUGAGGAAAAGACUUCCAUGCAUUUGGCAGCCAUGAAUGGACACCAUGAAACCGUGACUUUACUGGCAGCUGCACCAGGUGCAGAUGUGAAUUCGCAGGACAAUAAGCAAAUGACUCCACUGCACUGGGCAGCCCGCAAUGACGACUAUGAAACUGCAUCAGCUUUACUGGCAGUUGACGCAGAUGUGAAUGCAAGGGACAAGGAGAAAAGCGUUCCUCUCCACGAAGCUGCCAUACACGGUCACCCUAAAUGUGUGGAGGUACUGCUGCAGUACGGGGCUGAUGUUUACGUGAGGAAUGAGACUGGUUUAUCGGCUAAGGACAUUGCAAAAGAUGUAGACAGCAGCAGCAUCGGUACCGAUAGAAAUGCGGAAGAAGUGAUUCGUGGCAGAAAGGAAAUACUAAAGCUUCUGAAAGAGGAGACUAAUAGAAUGUCUCAACGCAAGAAAGAGUCCCAAGCUGUACUUGUCCGGUUCUAUGAAGAAAAGGGAAUGACAGAGGUGAAGAAGGAUUGUCCGUUGAUACAAGCAGCAGCAAAUGAGAGUGGGAGAACUGUGGAGCAAGUUAAGAGUUUUAUCAACUAUCGCAAGAGAAAGGGGAAGAGACCACUUCAACCAGAUGACAACCCAGGCGAUACAGCAGGUGCAGAUGGUGCCAAGAAAUCUAAGACUGAAGACCCACGUGUGGAGGGUGCGGAUGGUCGAGGAAAAGCUGGCGGUUCAUCACAGAGGACAGAAAUGUCCAUGGAGGUUUCUAGUACAGAAAAGUUUGAAAAGUUGAAGUACCUGUUAGAGGUGAAAAUAGAGGACAAAGUACGCAGUGAGACCUACAACAGGCUGGCAAGGCACGUGACUGAGUCAGGACUGUGCUUCCGGGACGAGCUGCCAGGAGAUGGAAACUGCAUGUUUCACGCCGUGGUCGAUCAAUUUUUCUGUCAAGAGGGCAAAAGGAUCAACCACUUGGACCUGCGCAAGCAAGCAGUCAACUUCUUGAGAGAGAAUCCGUACAAUAGCGGCGGUGACCACCUACGUGCCUUUGUUCCGGAUGGGAACUGGGACAAAUACCUGGAUGACAUGUCCCGCGAUGGGACUUUGGGAGACCACAUUGUCCUCCAAGCCAUGGCAGACAUGUUGGGCCAUGACAUCAGCAUUGUGUCUAGUGUAGAGGCGGAAAACUAUGUCACCAUCUUGACACCAAACAGCAGGACAAGUUCUGCACCUGGCCCUCCCCUUCUCCUUGGCCAUUAUGCAGAGAACCACUAUGCAAGUCUCAGUAGUGAAGUAGCAGGGCGUAGUGCUAAUCAGGUUACCACUUCACAAGAAACUUUGCAGCCAGCACAAGCCGCUAUUUCUGUCCUGUUAGUAAAUGACGAGUACGGUACAUCUCGCGGAGGUAUCUCCACCAUGAACCGUCAGGUGGCGCGACUCUUGCUCCGUAAUGGCGCUAAAGUUUAUGGCACAGCUCUAACAGCAACUGAAGACGACAAGAGACGUGCCGCCAAGGAUGGUCUGAACUUGCUUCUGCCUGAAUGCGAUGAUGAUCAGCGAACACCAACUUUGGAUUGGUUGACCUAUUACAGCCGUGAGCACUUCCCAAACAUUCCACGGAAUCUACAGUAUAUCUUCGGCCAUGUAGAUGUCACAAGCAAAGCUGCAAAAAACAUCAAAGAAAAACGCUGUCAAGACGCAAAGCUGGUCCUCUUCAACCAUGAGAUGCCAGAGGACACGAGGUACUACAAGCCAGCUAAGAAAGCGAUGCGUGCAGCAGACAAGGAAACAAGGAUAGUGGAGGAUGCCAAGUCUGCAGAUGCUGUGUUCUCCGUGGGAAGUAGACUCUACAGUCAUUUCGAAACAGAGUACAAGUCCCUUGAAGACAGUGAACCGAGACAUCACUACCUGUUUCUCCCAAGGGCAUCCGAAGUAUUUGAAGAAACAGAUGCAAAACCAGGAGGACGAAAUAAAGUAGUGCUUUCCUUCGGAAGAGUGUGUGAAGUGAUGGCGCAGAAGGGCCAUGACAUGGCAGCGCGGUCCAUUGGAUAUGCUGCAGAGAAGAUCGACAACAUGAGUUGGGUUGUGCGUGGGGUCGCAGAAGAUGCAGAUGACUGGGAAAAAAGCAAGAAAAUUCUGGAAAGGAAGAUGCAAAGCCGCAAGAUCAAACCCAUCUUACGUCCCUACGGUACCCAGCAAGAACUUGCCAGGGACAUCAAAGGUGCUCAUCUGGUCCUGAUGACGUCACGCUCGGAGCCGUUUGGGUUGGUCGGCCUGGAGGCCAUCGCAGCAGGUGUUCCUGUACUCAUAUCUGACCAGUCAGGUCUGGCGGAUAUGAUCAAGGACUUGAUCAAGCAAGACAAGUGCCACGCAGACCUGAGGCAUAGGAUCGUGAAAACCAGUGUGAAGGAGUCCGACGUAGAGGAAACUGCAAGAAGAUGGGCAGAGAAGAUUGAAGACAGCUUGGAAUACUCUACAGAGGAGUUCAAGAAAGCAGCCGAGUUCAAGAAGAAGCUCUUGGGCUCCAAGUACUGGGAAGAGUCUCACAAAGAUCUGCUGCUUUUCUGUGGACUGAUUGAGUGAGUUCAGACUCUAGACAGCAUCUGGAUUACAAGGUGUCAGAUUUGAAAUUCAGCUGUAAUGGUUUCAACAAUCAGGACAAUACUGUCACUGAUCCUGACGUGUAACCUAGCAUUUAGUAUCGAUGUUUUUUUUUAGUUUGUGUGUUUUCGUUUGUUAGAUUUAUUUUAGUCUCAAAGCAGACCCUACGGUGCCUUAGAGAUAGUAUCAAAGCUGGCAAGGGACUUAGUCUAGCGGCACCAGGUGCCCGUUUGACUCCCUUUGGCCGGCUACAUUCCUUGGCCAGCUUUGAUACUAUCUCUUAGGCACCGUAGGGUCUGGUUGGAGACUAGAUUUAUUUCACAAUGUUUACAAAUUCUGGCCGUCAUUUACCCUCCUGAAACAGCGGUGACAUUAUGAAAAUGAUUUACAUAUUGUGGCUGUAAUGUUUUCUUAUGGAAGCUUCAAGACAAGCUGUAAUGUUUUCUUAUGGAAGCUUCAAGACAAAAUGAUGAUGAAAACUUUUUCCAGAUAGGUGAAGGAAUCUGGUGUUUAGGCAUCUUGUUGUAAUUGUGAUAUUCAUUAGAAAGUCAGCUAUCCUUUUAGUCUGCAUAACCUUAGUGAAUAUAUAGCCAGGAAGAGAAAGCCAACUGCAUCUGUGUGUGUGUAUCAGUAAGUUCACGGGCGUGAUAAUUUGGAAAUGUCCAACCUAUUAUUGAAAAAAAUGCCCGGUUUCCAACCCACCGCCAUUCCCUUUUCUCCUCUAAUUAUUUUUCACCAUAGUUAUAGUGUAGUAUUUGCCGCUACGUAGAGUUUUCUUAAUGAUUAGUUUGUUUUCGUAAUGUUAUAAUGUUGGUUUCCAUUCUACUGACUUCUGUCGAUGUUAUGGGCUUGUUUCUGUUGAAAAGUACGAGAAUAAACCUUUUCUCUUUGUUGGCCGAA